AGUGAUCUGUGAAUGUGAUUUGUGUCUGUGAUUCAAUUACCAUUUGACCUAAAACAUGCGGUUUAUUUUGUUUGUUUAUCUUUUAUUUUGAAUUGAAGAUUGUAAAUUAAAAUGAAUCCGAAAGCAGUGUAUAAAUACUGCAAACAUUUAGGUUGUUGUGAGGCAUGCUGUCUUCGAUAUAUAGGGAUUAAAAAUCCUGACUCCUACGAGCAUGUAGACAGUUUUGUGACCAUAUAUCAAGAUGAAGCAGACAAACCAAAACAGACAUUUGAACAAAAUGAAGAUCUAGAAAAUGGAAAUGACAAUUCAUUAAAACCAGAAGUCAUUGACAAGAAUGUGACCAAUGGCGAUAGUGAUGACCUCACUAAUUUACCACCAUGUAAAAAAAGGAGGAUAGACGUUUGUAUCAGUUGUCUGGGAGUGCUACAAGAAGAUAAGAGAUUUGAUAGUUUCUCUAUGGUCAAAAAUGUGCUGGCUAAAAAGAAAUAUGAAUGUGCCACUUUUGCAUGUGCACUGUCGGCACCUAUGGCUACAUUGCUCCGUGAGCGCGCCAUCACACUGCGGCUUGCUGAGGAGUUCCCAGGAUAUGAUGAUAAAACUCUGACAGCGCUGAAGGAAGCAUGGAAGUGGUCAUUUGGCGUGCAGCUCGCCGCACAGAUCAACAAGACGUUGGACUCGGGAGCCGUGUCGCCGCUGCUCGUCACACUCAACUAUGACUAUGCUGAUGAUAUGCAGGAAUUGGAGAUUCUCAAGCAAGUAUCGCCGCAGCUGUUUGAAGAGAGAAGCAAACAAAAGAGGCGGUUUGUGACUGAAUUUACCAGAAGGUCUGUUGAACAGGCGCUGGCCACCGCGAGCCUGGCGGCGCUGCAGGCGGCGGGCGGCGGCCUGCCCACGGCGAGCGUGCGCGCGCUGUGCGUGGGCAUGGUGUGCGCGCACGCGCCCAUGUACCUGGCUGGCAGGUACAUCAAACUAAGUCGCAAUUUGCCCCAGUCGCCAUGGAUCCUGGACAAAAAGAGAGUUCUACCGUCUUCAGUUCAGGAGAUCAUAUACAAGCCCCUGGCUGACUUUUACAAUAUGGAUGAAGAGGAGGCGGACCGCAGACUGAAGCUGAUAGCGGCCGGCAGGGAGGACGUCGACGUGCGCUGCCUCGGGGAGGGCCGCCCCUUCGCUGUCGAGAUAACAGAUCCUACGCGCCAGUUGACUGCGGACGAGCUCGCUAAAGCGUGUCAAUUAAUUUCUGAAAGCAAAGAAGUAAUCGUAAAACAGAUUGUACCUAUAACUAGGGAGGACUUGGUCCAGUUGAAGAAAGGCGAAGAAACAAAAAGCAAAACGUAUGAAGCUCUUUGUAUAAAACUGUCUCAUUCCCAAUUUGAUGAUGUAUCUCCUGACAGUCCCGUAAAAGUGACCCCAGAAGACAUAGCACGGAUCAAUUCUUUCCGAAAUACCCCCCAGAAUUCUCAAAACAGCCUUAACAAUAAAUCUAAUGACCAUAACGAUUCCAAUGGUGAUACCUCAGAUGAAGAGAAUAACGCAAAUACUUUAGAUGCAAAUGGAGAUAGUCUAAACGCUAGUCCAGAUUCCAAAACAACUAAAACAGACAUUCAAAACACUUCCGAGGAGAACCAAAUGGCUAAAAAUUCGUCCGAUGCAAAAGAUAUUGAUGCUACUCCAGAAAAAAAUUAUGUUCAAGUAGCUGAAGCUAUGGACACAUCUCUAAACUCAGAGAAAUGUGAUAAUCUUUCAGAUGUGAAGAUUGUGAUAGAGCAAAAAACUCCCAUAAGAGUUCUUCACAGGCGGCCCUUGCUCACCCGGACCAGACAGAUUCUGGAGUUGGAAGCUGAAGCAGUGCCAGGUUCCCGUAGAGUAACGGUGGGUGCGUGCCGCAGAGCACGCGCAGCUGUUCCGGCUGCGGGCGCGCACGUCGGCCGGCACGUACGUCAAGGAGUGGGCGCACGGCGAGCUGCGCCGCUCGCGGCCCGCGCUGCGCGACGUGCUGCGCGCGCGCGUCGACCUGCUGGCGCUUGACGUCAGCGCCGUGCACCUGGCCUGGCCGCCGCCGCCGCCGCCGCCCGUCUAAUACACGAUGCUUAUUAUACA